AUGAAAGCCAGUCAAACGCCCUUGCCACAUCUGAUACACGCCGAGAAGCAAGCGUCCGAAAUAAUACGUGAGGCAAGGAAACGAAAAAGUGUACUCAUGAAGAAAGUAAAAUAUGCUGCAAAUAAAGAACUCGAAAUGUUGGGAACAGAAAGGGAAGAAGUGUUAAAUGAAGUUACUAAACAUGUUAAUGAAAGCUUAGCAGUAAUACAGAGGAGAGUGGAAAAUGCAACAAAAGAGAAAAUUGCUAAAAUUGAUGAACAAGUGGCGAAGAAUCGAGACAAAGUGGUCAAUAUGCUAUUGAAUUUGAUGUAUCAAUUUACACCCGAAGUGCAUAAAAACUAUCCAUAUUUGAAAGAUCCAAAAGAAAACGCUUUUAGUUAA